CAGCGGUACACCAGGUGCACUUGGAGUAUACAUACGAAGAUGAGAGCAAAGAGUUUGCGCGUUAAGUGCGCGCCGGACCGCUCCGGAGCAGCACAGUGAAGUACAGUCUGCACUGAGUCUCCGUGACAUAAUGAUGAGACCACAGCGCGGAGACCAGACCCGGCCUUCAUGAGAACACGGUGGCCGCGGUGCGGUGGCUCAGACCGGGACGGAGCGGAGGAGCCGCGGCGGAGAUGGCGGCCAAUCUAAGCGUGGGGGCGGAGGCGGCGGUCCCGGAGGCGGCCGCGGCGGCGGGACACAACCUGCCGGCCCUGGUGUUCGGGGUGCUGCUGAUCGUGGUGAUUAUCUGCGGGAACCUGCUGGUGUGUCUGAGCGUGUUCACAGAGAAGGCGCUGAAGACCACCACCAACUACUUCAUCGUGAGUCUGGCGGUGGCGGAUCUGAUGCUCGCUGUGCUCGUGCUGCCGCUCUUCGUCUACUCAGAGUUUCAGGACGGAGUGUGGACCCUCAGCACCACCAUCUGUGAUGGCCUCAUGACCAUGGACGUGAUGCUCUGCACCGCCUCCAUCUUCAACCUCUGCGCCAUCAGCAUCGACAGGUUCAUCGCCGUGUCGAUCCCUCUCAACUACAACAGGAAGCACGUGGACCUGCGUCAGGUGGUGUUGCUGUCGGCCACCUGGAUCCUGGCCCUGGCCGUGGCCUCACCUGUCAUGUUCGGCAUCAACAAUGUGCCUGGUCGCGACCCCACGGAGUGUAAACUGGAGAACAAUGACUACGUCAUCUACUCCUCCGUGUGCUCCUUCUUCAUCCCCUGUCCCAUCAUGCUGCUGCUGUACUGCGGCAUGUUUCGUGGCCUGCGGCGCUGGGAGGAGGCGCGUAAAGCCAAGCUGAGGAAAAGCAUCCAGGCCUGUCGCAAGCUGCAGGAGGCCGCCUCCUCGUUGCCACCCCUGGCCUCGCUGCCGCCACCGCUGCCACCCAUCAUAGAGCGGGAGCUGACGGACACUCCGGACGAACCGUCCACCUUCCCGUCUGCGGACCGGCACUUCCACUCAUCAGAGUGCAAAGACGGCCCCGUGCCGACAGUGAGCUUUGCAGAGAUCAAGUUCAACCCCGACCCUCACAGGAGGAAGAGGGCCAAGAUCAACAGCCGGGAGAGGAAGGCCAUGAAGGUGCUUCCUGUCGUUGUGGGUGCCUUCCUGUUCUGCUGGACUCCCUUCUUUGUCCUCCACACGAUGCGAGCUCGCUGUCAGGACUGCCACGUCCCGCCGGCCCUGAUGAGCGUGGUGACGUGGCUCGGCUACGUCAACAGCGCUCUGAACCCCAUCAUCUACACGGUCUUCAACACCGAGUUCAGGAACUUCUUCAAAAAGUUUCUUCACCGCUGCUGCUCCUAG